AUGAAGAAGGGGACGCCUGUUUUCUUGAAGAACAUAAUAUCCCUGUUGAGCUCAAUUACAAAAUCCAAAUCGUUGGCCAUAAAAAGCAAAGUGGAGGCCAUGAAAGCUAGAGUCAUAAUUUUCUCGUUGUUGAAGAACAAGAAGCUUCCUCUUACAUUGAAGGCACGUUCAAUCUCUCAUAGGAUUCAUGCAUUACUACUUGGAGGAACAGCCUCACCUGAAGACAUCGUUAACGAGGCAAUCAAUGUUGAUAAUCUCCAAAUAGUUUUCCACGAGGCAAACAGUUGUGAAGAUGAUGAUGAUGAUGACAAGAAGUAUCCAGAUCUGAGGCACUCUCUCUUUGACCAAGAGGAUGACCUUGACUUGGCCAAUCCCAGUGCUUCUGCGAUUGAUAUGGUGAAGAACUCCAUGGAACAUGAUGGUGAAGAUUUUAGUCUGGAAGACGAGAUUGAUCACGUGGCAGACCUCUUCAUAAUGAAGUUCCAUAAACGAAUGAGACUCCAGAAACUCGAGUCUUUUAAAAGGUAUCAAGAUAUGCUUGAGAGAAGCUCGUAACUAAUUGAUGCUCCCUCCAUCUGCUUAAUUAAUAUGCAUCAUUGCCUUCAACUCUUUCUCAUUGUCAGAAGAUUGCUAUGUUGUUAUCUUUUGGCAAUAAUGCAUGGAGCUGUUCUUCAUUUUCUAAGUUUUAAAAUAACUAGUGUUGCUUGCAUUCAAGAUCCUAGUUUCAUUGUAUGCACCUUUGUAGUCUUGGAUUCUUCUUCAUUAUGGUUUUGACAUCAUUUUCAUCCUUUUUUUUGUUCAAAGUACUGAGACGCUUCUAUGUUCCUUCCCAAAUUA